AACCGAAGAUAACUAGCAGCAGCAGCAGCAGCAGCAGUUCUCGCCUCUUCUCCUCGUCUCUUUGGCCAUGUCGCUCACCUCUUCUUUCGUCCAACUCUCCUCUAUCCUCAAGCCUCACCACCCCUCUCAAUUCCUCCAUGGCUCCCUCCCGAUACCCUCUCUUCCCAAGAUCCCACCUUUCUCCUCUUCGCCGGCGCCGUCCCCGCCUUCGGUCCUCACCGUCAGGGCCAUGAAGGUCACGCAGGGCCUCGUGGUGUGCGCCUCCAGCGACAAGACGGUGUCGGUGGAGGUGGUCCGCCUCGCCCCCCACCCCAAGUACAAGCGCCGCGUGCGCAAGAAGAAGAAGUACCAGGCCCACGACCCCGACAACCAGUUCAAGGUCGGUGACUACGUCCAGCUCGAGAAGUCCCGCCCCAUCAGCAAGGCGAAGACCUUCAUCGCCAUUCCGGUGCCUCCCCGCGAUUCGACCAGGGGCGUCGGCCUCGGCCUCCCCCUCCAGUCCGCGGAGCAGGGCUAGCGGGGAAGGACUCUUGCUUCUUCUUCUUAUUAUUAUUGGUGAAAGCGCUUGGUGGAUGAACUAAAAUUCAUGCUUUGAUGGACCCUUAUGCUUCGAUCUACUGUUUGCUAUCCUUCGUUGUCUCCGAGUUUAAACUUUCACUAGAAUAUUUUGGUGCCUUUUAGACUUAAUUUCUGCGCUGCUCCAUUAUUUAUUUGAUGUUACUGUAAUUUCCGCCUUCUUUCAAGACUUGAAGACUUCAGUUGGCUA